AUGGACUCGCGUAACGGCAACGCCGCCGCCGCGGCGGCGGCGGCUCCGCUGCCCCAGCACCCGCUGCACGCCCUCCUGGCGCUCCCCGACCUCGACCGCCCGCCGGCGGUCUUGGAGACGUGGGAGCUCGAGGCGGUCGCCGCCGCGCUCCCGGCCAAGAAGCGCCGCCUCCGGGAGACCUUCGACCGCCUCGCGGCCUGCGCCCCCGCGCCGCUCCCCUUCCGCUGGGAGGACCUUGACACGUACAUCUCAUCGCUCCAGUACUCCGGGACACUCCGACGCCGCCAGCUCCGGGAACUCGACGAGUCCCGCCCCGCCCCGGCCGCCCUUGCGCCUGCCCCGGCCCCGGUGUCCGCCACCGGCGAUGGCGUCAGCCAGGUGGCACGACCCGUCCAUGCCCCUCGCCCGAUCUCAUCCGCUAUCUCCGAGCCGGCCGCCACCGGCGCCGACGCCCGCAAGCUUCGGGCCCUCGAGGUCGAGGAGCCCGAACCCGCCAAUGCCCCUGACCCAGCUCCCGCUCCACCCGCCGUACCCGCGACGGCCGCCACCGCCGUGGACGCCGAGAAGGGCAAGAAGCGGAAGACGUCUAGCCACGAGGCGGACGCAAUCCACGCGGAGAUCCGUGUGCAGGAGGAGGGCCAAGCGGGGAUGCCAAAGAUACAUGAGGGCGGCGCAGCGGCGGCGUCUCCGUUGGAAGGCUUGAAUCGCAACGGCAAGAAGUCAAGGCCGGUUCCUGAUGCAGGCCCUGCCGACAGCAAUGGCCUCGCGGCGGAGCCGAGCGCGACAGCGCGGGUGGACCCCGUCGGUAAGAUCGCCGUCGUUUCGCAGGAGCUCCCUGGACCUGCCGCGGCGCGCCAUGCGCCGAACGCCACGAACAGGGCCGGGCGGCUCCCGCUGCAACGGAUGAGUCGCCCGCCCCGCCCCAUCCCAGCCUCAGCCGCAGCGCCCGUCACCGGCGGCCAGGAGGUGGAGGCAGCCAACCAGAAAAAGGACGACCUGGUGGUCGUCAAGAACGCCUCGCACGACGGCGGCGCGGCCGACGCGAGCUCGUGCCAUGCUGGCCUCGGCAGCGGCGAUGGCCUCCCAAGGUUGGGUGCGGAUCCCAUCAGCCAGAUCACCGGCGUUCGACACGAGCCCCCCGCCUCGAACGCGGCUAGCCCUCCGAAGGGUGUCGCUAGCUUUCCGCUUGCCAUGGUGCCGAAGCAGGAGCAGCAGGCCGUCGAGGAGGAGGUGCCUGACGUAGAGAUGGAGAUGGAGAUAGCAGUGGAACCCGAUGAGAUGCAGGCGCUCAACGACGACGCGCCAGUGGCAGACGAGAAGGCGUCUCCGUUGCACGUCAAGGCUGAGGAGGCCGACGAGGUGAGCCGGUGCUCGCGCGGCGGCCACCGCGAUGCGGGCGCCACCGUGCGCGAAAGCUCACCCGCCGCGACGCCCGACGCCCCGAACCUCGUCGAGGCCGGUGCCCCGAAGAGCGCCGGCGAGGGCGCCGCCACGCGCGACGCCGCGCGGCUUGCACCGGCUGGCUCCGGUGACGACGCCAGUACGGUGAGUCCGGUUCCUCCACGUAGAGGCAGCGGCCUUGCUCCGUCCGGCUCCGGCGUGAGCGCCGACGACGACGCAAUGCGGACGGUCGCCGCGGGCAAGAGCGCCGCCGCCGUCGCACGGCGAGAUUCCCCGGCCGCGACGCGCCACGACCUCGGGCCGGCUACGGGACGGGAAGCCGCUGGCCCUCCGCAGGCCAGCAGGGCUCCCCCGAAAGCCAGCAAUAAGCAGCAUGUGCUCCAGAAGCAGCACAUGCCCAAGCAGGGCUACCACCCUGACCCGAGUUAUUCAGCACACAAACAGAACGAACACCAUUCGUUCUCGAGGAAUCAUGGUCAUGGCGGCCGGCCGGCGGGUUUCCGGCCUGUGCCUGAAGCACAGGCCGCGGCUGCUCGGUGGAACGGGCCACCACCCGGCGAGUGGAGAGGCGGUGGCGGGCGCGGUGGGUCUGCAGCAGCCGGAGGCCUGCAGGAAGACGGCAGCAGGAGCAAAGGCGGCAACGCCAAGGGGAAACCCCCCAAGUUCAAGUUCUGCAACAAGUGCGGGUGCAGGGGCCAUCUGGCUGAGAAUUGCCGCACGGCGAAGCACCUGGUCGACCUGUACCAGAGGGCCAAGGAGGAGGAGAAGAACCAGAUCUGCUACAGGUGCGGGUGCACAGGUCACUGGUCUCGCAAGUGCCGCACGCCCAAGCACCUCGUCGACCUCUAUCAAAAGGAUCGGGCGGCCAAACGUGCGGCGGCACGGGGGGACGCUUCGUCUUGA